AUGAUUAGAUCUCCUACCUAUAUAAUCUCCGAUAUACUAGAGCCAAGUAAUUUAAUAAUAGUGAUAGAAGAAGUAUCGGACACUCUCCAGAAUAUGAUUCUUCAGCAUUCAAACAUUAAUACCUUUAUCCGUUAUUAUCAAGUAGAUAUUGAUGUUGAUAUUCAGGGAAUUAUCCGCAAAACAGGUGUAUCUAUCAAUCCAGAUCGACCAUUUAAGCUCUCCCCUAAAGAAUCUUUGUCCCUUAAUAAGCUUUUAGUCAUACUUAUGCGACAAGAGAAGACUAUAGAAGUAAAGGAGCGCUACGAUAUUUCUAUCCGUGAUUUGCGUAAUAAGAAGUAA